ACACCAGCCUGUCAGAAGAUGGCGUCUUUGCUCAUCUGGUCCCUGUUUUACCACGUCUGCCUCCUUGAACUUACCAGCACCACCCAAACUCCAGCCUACAGCUGCUCUCUGCUGGGCCCCUUUGAACCAAACUUCUUAGCUGAUGGUGACUACAUAAUCGGGGGCAUUUUCCCCCUGCACUACGUCAUGGACAUGCCAGACUUGAACUGUACUUACAAGCCAUCACCCAUACAGUGUCAUGGGUUUGACCCCAGGGCUUUUCGCUGGUCUCAAAGUUUGAGGUUCGCUGUGGAAGAGAUCAACCAGAGUCAGGACCUGCUACCCAACCACACCCUGGGCUACAAGAUCCUUGACUCCUGUGCAUACCCCUUGACUGGACAGCGGGCAGUCCUGGCUAUGCUGAAUGGACCUAGUGAGACCCAGAGUGCCAUGUGCUCUGGUCCAUCUCCUCUUCUGGCUGUGGUUGGAGAAUCAGGGUCUGCACAGUCGAUCAUUGUCUCUAGGAUCCUGCAGCCUUUUCACAUUCCAAUGAUAAGUUAUUUUUCCUCCUGUGCUUGCCUAAGCAAUAGGAGAGAGUUCCCCACAUUCUUCCGAGUGAUACCUAGUGAUGCCUACCAGGUGAAGGCUAUUGCUCAGCUCCUGCAGCACUUUGGAUGGACGUGGGUGGGGGUGCUUAACGGGGACCAUGCGUACGGGAGGUUCGCCUUGCAGGGGCUCAGGAGGGAGCUGGCAAACACAACCGUGUGCAUCGCCUAUCACGUCAUGAUUCCUUUGCUCUACACCAGGCAGAGAGCCCUGGAAAUUCUUGACGUAAUGCAGCAUUCUACUGCAAAAGUGGUCGUGGCAUUCUCUGCAGAAGGAGAGCUCACACCAUUCCUGAAGGAGUACAUGGAACAGAAUAUCACUGGCAUUCAGUGGAUCGCCAGUGAAGCCUGGGUAACAGCCUCCCUCUUUGCCGGCAGUGAGUUCUACCCAUACUUGGGUGGCACCAUCGGGUUUGCCAUCCGCCAUGGGAUGGUCUCUGGGCUCAGGGACUACCUGCUGACAGUGAAUCCUCUGAGGUAUUCCAACAACUCCCUGGUACAGGAGCUGUGGGCCGCUUUGUAUGGUUGCUCCAUGCAGCCUCCUGGCAGCAGGAGUCCGGUCUCCCCAGAGCUGCCCUCCUGCACAGGGUCAGAGCCCCUCCUCAAACAGCACUCUGCCUACCUGAACACAUCCAGCUUCCGUGUGACCUACAAUGUGUAUAAGGCUGUGUACGCCAUCGCCCACUCCCUCCAUAACCUGCUCAGCUGUGAGCCUGGAAAAGGGCCUUUCCAGAACUCAUCGUGUGCCAACACCACCAGCAUCUAUCCAUGGCAGCUUCAACAGUAUCUUCAAGACGUCUCCUUCUCCAUCUCUGGAGAGAAGGUGAACUUCGAUGAGAAGGGUGACGCCAUCCCAUCCUAUGAUCUUAUCAACUGGCAACGGGGCACAGCCGGAAAUAUAGAGUUUGUCAAAGUGGGCAUGUUUGAUGGCUCAAGGGAUGCUGGGAAGGAGCUGUUCAUCCAGGACGAGGCCAUCGUGUGGACGGGCCAUCAGAGCGAGGUGCUGGUGUCUGUGUGCAGUGACAGCUGUGCUCCAGGCAACAGGAAAGCGGUUCGUCCUGGGGAGCCUCUGUGCUGCUUUGACUGUGUACCAUGUGACAGCGGCAAGAUUAGUAAUCAGACAGAUUCAAUAGACUGCACACCUUGCCCUGAAGACUGCUGGUCCAACCCAGCUAGGACAGAAUGCAUACUAAAGGCAGUUGAGUUCCUCUCCCAUGAUGCAAUGGGGCUGGCCCUGACUGUGAUUUCCAUAGCGGGAGCUUGCCUCACCGCCGCUGUACUGUCAGUAUUCACACACCACAGGAACACUCCCAUCGUUCGGGUCAACAACUCGGAGCUGAGCUAUUUCAUCCUCCUCUCUCUAGUCCUGUGCUUCCUCUGCGCCCUACUGUUUAUCGGAGAGCCCACACCGUGGUCCUGCAUGCUGCGUCACACUGCCUUCAGCAUCACCUUCUCCCUCUGCAUCUCCUGCAUCCUGGGAAAGACUCUGGUUGUGCUGGCAGCUUUUACAGCAGCCAGGCCUGGCAACAACAUCAUGAAGUGGCUGGGACCCAAACAACAGAGAGUGAUCAUCUUCAGCUGCACCUUAGUGCAGGUCGUCAUCUGUGCCGUGUGGCUGGCUGCCGCUCCACCGUUCCCCUUCAAAAACACUCAGUACAGCAGGUCCAAGAUCAUCCUGGAGUGCAGUGUGGGCUCCAGCUUGGCCUUCUGGUGCGUUCUGGGAUACAUUGGCCUCCUAGCUUGCCUGUGCUUUGUCCUGGCCUUUCUCGCUCGCAAACUGCCGGGCAAUUUUAACGAGGCGAAGUACAUCACCUUCAGCAUGCUUAUCUUCUGCGCUGUGUGGCUCGCCUUCAUUCCUGCGUACAUCAGCUCACCUGGAAAGUUCACAGUAGCUGUAGAAAUCUUUGCUAUCCUAGCCUCUAGCUUUGGUCUGUUGUUCUGUUUGUUUGCUCCAAAAGUCUAUAUCAUUUUAUUAAAACCAGAGAGAAACACCAAACAGCAUCUCAUGGGAAGAGUAAUGACAUAAAACUAUGGAAUUUUAUUUAAAUGGUAGAGUUAAUGUAAAACUUACAUAUACAGCCCACAUUGUAGUAUUUUG